GUCUAGGUCAUUUGGGAAAACACCUUGGAGAGUCAAGAAUAAAAUUGCAGAUCAAACAAUGGAUGACUGGAAGACUCGGCUUGUAAUCAAGAACAUACUUCCCCAUAUCGCCAUGGUGGGAAAUCGUCAGGAGCCCAGAAAGUUCCAGGAAUCGGUCAUAGCCAUUGACGUGACAGGUACAGAUGACUGUAUAAAGCUUGAAAGAGGAACCAUUAAGAGGAGACAGGAAGGGGAUAACAUCCAGUUUCUAGGCAUGGCUGAUGGGGGUUACCCUAAUAAAAUCAAGAGGCUUUGCCUUGAAGAUGUCACCCUUUCUGUGGGCCCAGGUACCCAUUCCAACAUGCCCUGUGCAGAGCUGCAGGUUCGUCCAUUGACAAUGAACCCUAGCCCUUCAGCUAUGGGAGCAGCCAGCCAUUCAUUACUACUUGAAAAUAAUUCCAUGAAUAGCAGCAUAGUGGACUCUCCAUUUGUGGUACCACAGAAUGCAGAAAUGGGACUCAAAGGGCCUAUUGUUCCUUACUACGACAAAACCAACAGCAUGAUGGCUGUGGAGCAAGACCAGGAACUUCAGGAUCUGCUAGAGGAGCUAACAGAGAUUCAAGGCCCUUCUCCAAAUGAACUAGAUCUUGAGAAGAUACUGGGGAGCAAGCCAGAAGAACCACCAGUCUUAGAUCAUUCUCAGGCAACCCUGAGCACAACUCGAAAACCUUCAGCUCAGAUGCCACGCUUGGAGAGCCUUGGUUCCAGUAAGGAGUUUACUUCUGGUUGCAGCCAGGUCACUGGCAUAUCACUUCAAAUCCUGCCCUCCUCUGCAGGGAUCAGCUAUGCUAUUCCUUCCACCAGUAAACAGAUGGUCACACCUAGUUCUGUGACAACACAGGCCAAGAGCCAGGUCCAGGCUAUGCUCCCACUCCCAGUGCCUCAGUGGCAUCAUGCCCACCAGCUGAAGGUGUUAGCGGCCAGCAAGCAGGCAUCUGCUAUGAAGCAGCAAGGCCCUACCUCCAGUUGGUCUAGCCUGACCCCUUCAGGCCUCUCCCCACCUUACUGCCCAGUGCCAUCACCACACCCACUACCACCUUUCAGCCCACAGAGCUUCAUGGUAUCCUGCAUGUCAUCCAGCAAUCUUCCGGGGAGUACUCUCCAAGGCUCUCCCAAUGCCUUACUCUCAAGCAUGGUGUCCAGUAGCAGUGUUGCCCUUGGGUCCACCAUCUCCUAUGCUCCCGAGAAGCUCCCCAGUCCAGCUCUCAAUCAGCAGCAGCAAUUCAGCCCACAGAACUCCAUUCUCACCAGCCUAGUGUCCUCUACCAUUAAAAGCCCUCAAGGCCACCUGAUGUCUGCUCUGCCCACCAGCAAUCCGGGGCCCUCCCCACCCUACCACCCAGAGAAGCUUUCCAGCCCAGGCUUGCCGCAGCAGUCCUUCACUCCACAGUGCUCCCUGAUCCAGAGCCUCACUCCCAGCAGUAAUCCACUAAGCCAGCAGCAGCAGCACCAGCAAACAAAUGCCAUCGUCAAGCCCAUGGCCACCAACUCAUCCAAGACCCUGAGCAUGAUCAUGCAGCAGGGGCUGGCCAGCUCCAGACCAGGAGCCCCAGAGCCAUUUACUUUUGGCAACACCAAGCCCUUGUCACAUUUCAUUUCUGAACCAGGCCCCCAGAAGAUAUCCUCCAUGCCUGCCACCUCUAGGCAGCCUUCUCUGCUCCACUAUCUGCAGCAGCCUAUGCUGACGCAGGCCUCUUCUGCCACUGCCUCCUCUAGGGCCAUGGCCACCUUGCAACUGCAGCAGCAGCCUGACCAUUCUUCAUUCCUUCUGCAGCAGAUGAUGCAGCAGCCCCAGCGCUUUCAGAGAUCAGCAGCCUCAGAGUCCAUGCCUCCUCUGCCCAGACAGCAAGAGAAACAGAGAUCAGGUCUUAUGGCAAUGACCCCUGAACAGCAGAGUGCGUAUAUCACUCAACAGAUGAAUCAAUUUCAAGCCAUCCAAGAACAAGUCACCUCCAAGUCUAGCCAGACCAAGGAAAGCCCCCCUUCCAGCCAGCACAUAAUGCUACCCAGAUCUGAGCUCCUUCAGAACAAUCUGAGUCCAGGAAUGAUCUCACCCAGCCAUCACCAAAGCCAUGAGGGCAUGAUUUUCUCCCAUGAGGGCAUGAUCUCACCGACCCCAGGCAAAAAGCAAGGAAUUUUCAACUCCGGCUCCCUACUUCCCAUACCCUCACGCUCAGGCCAGAACCCCCUAGGCAGCCUUGGUUCAAUCUGCCAACAUACAGAGAUGCCCAAGGCCUCCCCCUCACGAGUGCUACUGCCAGGGUUCUGUCCCAGACCUCUGGGAAGCCAACCCUUGAGUCCCCACCAGCUCAGACAGCCUUGUGUGCCAAGAAUGUCCACCAUGUUCAACAAUGCCACAUGGGUGGCAUCAGCAACUACAACCCCAGCAGUCUCAAGGGCACCACCACGGAGCCAAAUAGGUAAUAGCAUCCAGCAGCAAUUUAAUAGCAACUCUAUGUUCACAAAGGCACCUGUGAGAGUCUCCCUGGUAACCCCAUCCUGUCCAUCACAGCAAGCAGUCAUGCCUCCCAAUCAGGGGACCCAAGGAGACAGGCCUGGCCAGAAGGUGAAUGCUGCCUUGACCAACCCCAGCUUUGGCCUCAGACAGAGCCCAGUGCGGGGUCCUGUGCCUGUGCUGAAUUCCUCCAAGUCCCUCCAGCAGGGCAUAGCCAGCUUUGGCCCCAUGAGUCCCAUACAGGGCAUCGAGCCACCGCCAAGCUAUGUGGCUGCUGCUGCUGCCGCUGCCGCUGCCACCUUUGCCAUCACUGCUAGCCAGUCCCCAGGUCCAUUCAACAGAAUGGAUCCCCCUACUGAGCUGCCACCCUAUGACUUUUUGCCCCAGCCCCAGCCCCCACUAAAUGAUCUGAUUUCACCACCUGACUGCAGUGAGGUAGAUUUCAUUGAAACUCUCUUGAAAGGCUCCAGCAUGAGCCCAGAUGAAGACUGGGUGUGUAACCUGAGGCUGAUCGAUGACAUUCUGGAAGAGCAGCAUGCUGCUGCUCAAAAUGUCACAGCCCAGACUGCUGGCCAAGUCACCCAGAAUAGCCAGGAUAGCAUCCCCAACAUUGAUAUCACUUUAGGGAGUGGUGUGAAUCCAUAGCAAAUUCACAACCUGCCCCAGACAGCCACACAAGUGUUUCCUUGUUACAAUCUGAGUGGCAUCAGUCCAUGCCCAUCCCUCUCUCUACCUGCAACAAAAUGGAAGGCUGGUGAUUUUUCAAAAUACCUGUAUAUAUUUGAAAAUUUUGUAAAUGGUUUUCCUAAACAUUAAUGACAGAAGUAUUUAUACUUCCUUCUGUGACUUUGUAAAUAAAGUGACAACUUUCGUUUCAGUACAGUUGUGUUGAUUUUGUAUUGUCUGUGUUUAUUAUACAUGCAUGCUGUGUUGUUCACUACAGUGAUAUCAAAUAAGCCAGAUGUCUGAGUCGCUUAUGGUUCUGAUGCAAUAGGAUAUGUGGAUGUGACCAAGAGGUGUUGUACAAGCUGACAAAUGCCACAUAGAAAACUAGAAAACCACUUGGCCAUUUAUUGCCAUUUUCACUGAAAAUUUGAUCACUUGGUGUAAUUCUUGAUCCCUUUUGCAAACCUGUCAGUCUCUGUUAGCUCUUUCCUGAUAAGCACAUUACAGCAGAAGCUGCUUUUAUUGUAAGUGCUCCACAGAGGAAAUUUGCUAGGAGGCUGAGAGGGUUCUAUAGAUUUGAGAAAGGUGAAGAGAGAAUAUGAGUUGAACACUCUCUGAGCUGUCAACCUUGAGGAUCUAGAGUGCCUCUCUAUCAUUCAGACAAGAGAACCUCAGCUUUGCACCUCUACAGAGGCACCCUUGCAGGGUGAAGGUGAGAUGUUCCUGGUUUAAAGCCUUUCAGUACUUGUUUUGAUGUAAGGCUUUGUGGUGGGGGGCAGUCUAUAAACAUUAAUCCUUGAUUUUUGGUUUGUCUUUGAUGGUUUCAAUCUGCAGUUAUCACCAUGUAUAUUUCAGUGUCUGUUACAGAAAACCCACAUCCUCUGUCCUGUAAACUUUUCUCAAUGUUCAGACUCUAUGUAAUCACAUUUUAAUUGCCACCUCGUAUUUCAUCUCUUCGUUUUAAAUCUGGCAUCUCUUUCAAACCAGAACAUUUUUUUUCUUCCUUCUGUAAUAAACAGCCAGGAGAAAA